AUGAGCGGAAUACUGAAGAGGAAAUUUGAGGAGGUGGAGGCGGCGGCGGCCUCUCCGUGCUCGUUGACGCGUGAGUCCGAUGAUGAGGUGUCCUGCAGCGAGAGCGGGGACAGCAGCGACAGCGUCAACCCGGCCGCCACGGGACCAAUCACACCAGCGGCGCCGCGGCGUGUUCAUAACAGAGUGGAGGAAGAGGCCAGGAGUGAUGGACCUUUUAUAAAGCAGCGCCGGCUGUCAUUAGGAAGUGCAUCAGAGGAGAGCAGCAGCCUGAACCAGUGA